AUGGGGUCUUUGGAAGCUGGUCAUAGACACAGGGAUCAUCUGCCAGCUCUAGGCCUCCUGAACAAAGAAGGUCCUGUAUACGCCCCCAAACACUCUGCCCUUACAUCCGGAAUUGCUACCUCUCCUGCGCCUCUUCUCAGUCCAACCAGCAUGUAUCCAGGCCAGCCAUUGCAACACUCUUACUCAACGUCGACCGUCAGGACGGGUUCCGUGCCCCCUGGCUAUGUCUCGCCUCCAGAUUCGCGGCGCGCAUUGGAAGAAGAGAAAGAGAAGAAGCCGCAGAGGCAGUCCCUUCCGUCAAUUCAUGAGGCUUUGGGAAAUGACAAUCCCCUACCAUAUCCCGCCCCGACUUCGGCGCCUCCUCAGCAGUCGCCUCAUGCACCAAAUCUACAUUCUGCUCCUUCUAAUCUCAUGGGGCGCCCAGGCGGUGACGGACCGGCAGGGCCACCGAAUCCUUUUUCGAAUGGAACAUCAUCUGCGUCAUUUUUACGAGACUCAGCAUUUUCUCAUCAAACUCAGCUACAGGCGGAAGCAUCACGGGCUAGCUUGGUGACGGUAAACACCCAGGAAUCAAGAAAUGCAUCGCUUCAAUCUCUUCAGUCGCUUAGCUCGGGAAAGUCCCCCACGCAGAGUGCGAAAACUGGAAUCACAUCAAUUUCGGGGUCGCAAGCCGGAUCGGGGUAUGAAUACAGUGCUCCUCCAUCGGCUGGUGGCAGUAUUGCUUCCCCCAACGGGUAUGGCGCAUUCUCACAACCCUUUCCAUUUCAGUCCCAGCCCCCACCAAAUGCGCCGGUUUAUCCUGCUUCUUACGAUGCUCGGUCUUAUGGCGGCACAUCUUGGAAAUCCGGGAUGACGGAGGUGGGACGUGUCGAUGAUGUGAAGGGUGGAUUUGCGGGUCAUCCUAUGGCGGGACAGGGCCAAUCUGAUUCUGUCAAGCGACACUUGGAAGAAGUUUACGAUGUGGAGACUUCACUUAAUGAGAUUGUCGAAAUGAGCACCCGCACUUUGGAUUUUUCACGACACUAUGCCCAAAGAGCGCAUCAAACCCAGCGUUCCGGACCAGUCCUAGGGUCUCUGCCCUCUCUACACGAGAUCGAGGAUAUGCUUAGCCUCCAGCGUCGGAACCAGGAUGCUUUGUUACGUAUACGAACCGCAGUUUUGAACCAGGAGCACGCCUUGGCCGAGCAAAUGGCCCAAAGAAAAGCCUUCAAACCAGGUGGCGUUCGCGAUGAUGACCAUGUGGCAAUGUAUCAGGACGAAUUCAAGGGAAGCGGUGGCUUUGCUGGACCGGAUCCAAAAAAGCGGCGAGGCAAAGCGGCUCCUCCUGGCCGUUGCCACAGUUGUAACCGAGCCGAAACACCUGAAUGGCGACGUGGCCCAGAUGGUGCGCGAACUCUAUGCAAUGCUUGUGGUUUGCACUAUGCGAAGUUGACGCGCAAGAUGGGCGCCAAACAUGCGUCAUCCCUUGGUUCAAGCUUGAAACCGAAGUCCCUGGACUCUACAUCUCCGAGUAGUCACUGA